UUUUCCCCGUCUCUCGCUUUCCAUUCCUUCUCGCUCUGUUUCCCUCCCGUCUCUCUAGCGGAUCGAGAUCAUUGCAACAAGACGGUGGAUCUAUAUGAAGAUGUAUCGAGUCCAGCUGUGACUUCCGCAAAUUGGGGAAAGCCAUUAUCUUGCUGGUAUCGUUUCCGAUCGUUUCGCGGGACACCGCGGGAUUGGAUCCUGCGAGUUCGUUUCAAGAAAUUCAAGGUUGGCGUAUUAGAAAAUGCUACCACCUGUUCCGGAGGUUAUUUGCAGAUCGUAGACGGAAACACGAAAACAGAAGUGAGCAAUCGGAAAGAUCCAGGGGUUUAUUGCGGCGAGUCGGAGCAACCGCAAACAUUUAUUUCCGAGACGAGUUUCGUCCGUGUGAUAUUCCACGCGGAUAACUUCACCGAUCAAACAUACUUCAGUUUCGACUCCCGCGCCGAGCAACAGUUCGAGGUAUAUUUAAGAUACGGCCAACAUCCGGAACUCUAUCCGAAUCGAAGGGGCGAGAUUGUACCCGGCAGCUAUUGCGAACGAGUGUUCAAAGAUUGCAGGCUACAAACGUGUUACGUGCAGAGCCCCGCAUACCCGGGCAUUUAUCCGCGCGCGUUACACUGCAAAUACCGGCUGAACACACGGCUGCCUUUUAUAAAGCUAUACAUCGAGAACGAAGAGUUCAAUAUCGACGGGCAAAGAUGCGAGAACAUAAUGACCUGCCCGAUGAGGCCGAUAAGCUCUGGCACGGAGCAUUGCCCGUACGACUACAUACGCGUUUACGACGGCAAAGAUGAGAACAGCCCGGCGAUCGGCACUUUCUGCGGUAUGGGAAAGUUCCCCUACAGCAUAAUCGGCACCAGCGAAGAUCUCUACGUGGAGUUUGUCUCGUCACCGGCAGGGCCUCUCUUAAACACCGGUUUCCAUUUUAACGUUGGCAACUGGCCAGGUCACGUAGAAACGGCCGGUGUUCGAAACGGUAGCUGCGACUGGCUGUUGAACAGCGAGUCUUUGCACAGCGGCAACGAAGGAAUAUUCCUGUCGGUCGCGCACUGGUAUCCACCGUAUACCAGUUGCACUUAUCUUCUGAAAGGACGACCGGGCGAAAUCGCCAGGCUCUAUUUCCCGAGUUUCCGUGUUAACCGGAUCGAGUCGCCGAUACAACCGUACGACGGCGACUGCGGCGAGAGUUUAACUCUGUACGACGCUGACUGGCCGGACGACGCGAAGAUCAUCAAAACAUUCUGCGACACGUUCAGCAAGCCGAUGGAGAAGCACGAUUUCGUUUCCAGCUCGAACGCUUUGUUCGUGAAGUUCGAGAGCAAAACGGGAAGUUACUCCGGCAGCUCGUUGUAUUAUUGGGCGCAUUACGAUUUCUUCAACGCGACGAGGUUCGGCGUGCCUGUGCCUGGAACCGAGUGCGACGAAACGUUCGCCUCGUGGAAAGAACGCUCCGGUAAAUUCCGAUCGCCUCUGAAUACUCUCGUUUACAAGCGACCGGGCGAUCCGCCGGCUGAUCUUUCUUGCACUUACACCUUCGUCACGGACAAACGGUUGUACGCACGAGUGAUUCUCGUUGUGGAGUCGGUCUCUUUCAAAGAGCAUCCGUACGCGCAGUGCGGCCAUUGUUGGGACAGUCGAGUGGAUCGAUUGAUCGUCAGAGAACCACCCGUCACCGACGUUAAUAACGAUCAGCAGCAACAUCAACCGUAUCAGCAACACCAACACCAACAGCAGCAACAGCAACCACGUCAACAGCAGAACAGCAGCAUCGGCAGGGGCCAUUGUAUCUGUCGAUCGACAGUAGUCAAUGGACCGAACAGCGAACGGCAGCCGGUGCUUCGCGUGAUCUCGCGAGGCGAGAGACUGGAGUUGAAGCUUCUGGUGGACGGCGCGCACGCCGCGGCCAGCUAUUUCAAACAAUCGGCACCGUUGUUCGAGGCAAGGUACGAGUUCGCUCACAGUCCACUGUGCGGGCCAGCGAUCCUGCCAGCGACCACCGACGGCGAAAUCGAAUUCCCUCACUACGAGGCACUCGGAUACGUAGCGCCGCCCCGAUCGAUCAAAUGCAUCUGGGAAUUACGAGUGAACCGGGACAGAGACGUUUGGUUGCACUUCGACAAGAUCAAGUUCGCCUCGAGAUCCUGCGAGGACGGGAAGCUGGAGAUCUUCUUGCCUGGCACUGCCGAACCGUUCAUCAGCAUAUGCGGCGAGAACGUUAGUUACGUGCGUGAAAUGCCCAUCAUAUCGGCGGCGCAGAUCGCCCCGAACGUUCGUACGACCGGCGACCACGAGUCCGGCCACUUCAACGCGGAUCCCGUGCAGACGCAAACGCAUUUGCAACAGCCGGUAUCACCGCCGACGCCGCAAUCAUCGCUGCCAACGGACCAACAGCAAGAGGAGUACGAGUGGCCGACUGUGAUCGUUCAGUUCACCGGCACGAUGGCCCCAGCGAGAGCCGCGUUUAAAAUCGCCUGGACGGAGUUGUAUCACUUACCACGCGACGCUUCCGGCGUUCUCAACACGCAGAAGCUCGAGGAAUAUUGCGGAUUCCAAUGUCCCGGCGAUGCCGGUUGCAUACCCGCGAGGCUCGUGUGCAACGGUGUCGUUAACUGCCCCAUGCCAGAGCCUCGGUCGAUCUUCAAGAGUACGCACAACAACGGUACCGGUUUGCUGGGAACGAUCGAAGAACCGAACGACGAGGCUAUCGAGACCUGCGGCACUGACGUUGUCGGGGAACGCGGCAACAUCGCCGGAUCUGGGAACGGUAUCGGAGGGUUGGCCAGCGUCGUUGGCUCCGCCGGAUGGGCCGGAGCUGGCCUAGGCGCUGCCCUCGCCGUUCUCCUCGGUCUCAUCUGUUUGAUCACCGUUUGCAAAAUUUGCAGGCAACGAGCCACUUCCAGGGACAUUCACGUACCCUAUUGACACCGGCGCGAACACGGACAAUUACGCGAUUGUAAGGUAAAACGCGACCGCGUACAGGCGAGUACAGACGCGCGAUUCCCUCUUCUCGUUCUCGUUUCGGUUUCCACGUUAUUAGGUUAAUAAUGCUCUCUCUCUCUCUCUCUCUC